GACCCUGCGCCCAGAGCUUCAGUCACUGAGUGAGCGACACCAGCGGCUACAUCGAGCUCCAGAGCAGAGCGAUUUCUUUGCCCAGGAGGCAGGAUGGACAGCUGCCACCUAGCGUAGGGGGAUGCUGAUGGAUUUUGGUCUUUCUGCUUGCCCUGCUCAAGUGCUAUGGGAGCCUACCUACUGAUCUGUAGAUGUUGUGGCACUGCAUUUUCUGUUCCUCCUCAAGCUCACCCAAAUGGUACAACAGUUUGGUUGCAUUCGGAUUGAUUUGCAUUCUUCUGCAGUAUAGCCAAAGAUAUAUCUCAUGCUGUACUAUUUGAAGAUUAAAUCGGAGAAAAAAAUAUUGAACUGGCUUCUUGUGGCAAAGAAAAUAGGAGGAAGAGGACAGCAGAUAUGAGCAUCUCUGAACCAGGAAGUUCUAAAGGUGUAUUCCCAUCUUGAAGAUGUGCCAAUACAGAUAAGAGCAAACAACACAAUGAGAAAAACUACUUGAAAGGCAAGAUUAUUUUUUCAAUCCUGUGAUAACGCAAAGGUUGCCACUGCAUUUUGCAUCUGCAGAUGUAGUCCUCAGUACCAUCAUUAACUCUAGUUUCAAGGUCUGAGUUGCUUUGUAUUUUAGAUAGGAUGCCAUUUUAUUUUUGACCUGUUCUUGCUCGUCAAUGCUGAUAGAUGGCAGCAAAUGACUACAGAUUUCCUGUCUCUACUGCAGUCUCAUCCUCCUUGAUGGCUUUCUGUAGAAUUAUCCUAUUUAAAACCAAAAUGGUGCUGAUUCCACAGUAGCAAAAUGUACGACUCCAGUAAAAGACAAAAGACCUGAUUUAACGCGUUAGAGAGUUUAAGCAAAUGAUGAAGCUGUUGUUCCUGUUUCCAGCAGUGCUGAUGUGACUAGUUGUUCUGUGCUGAGUUGAAUGCUUGCUUCUGCAGCCACCUCAAACAUCUUGGAAAUGCACUUUUUUUGAGCGUUGAUCUACUUUUAACUUCCCUGUAGCCUUUACAUCAAAACAUGUAAACAACUCAGGCUGUGAUGCGUUACUCUGGGGGGCUGCCUAAAGGGGGAGAGCCAAUAGAACAACGAUUUGAUUUCUGUCGCAGUCAGUCACCCGUCUCUUGGCAAGAGGUCGCUGAGUUCGCACGUGUUUGCCUCAGCUGGCACUCGGCAGACACGCUGUCUUUCAGCGGUCGGUGCAAACCCCCGUGGAAGCCACACAGGGGGCACUGUGGGUACCGCCCGCGCAGCGUGAGGCGGGCGCGCUCCGGAAGCUUGAGCCUCGCGCGCUGCCGUCUGCGCACCGCUCGCUGAAGGGACGCGGCGGCCCGGCUCGGCCUCGGUCCGCAGAGCACUCGCUGCACGGCAGCGGCGCUGCGCCGGCACGGCCGCCAUGACUGCGGUGACGAAGGCUUCCGGCGCGCUCAAGUCGGUGGAUUACGAAGUGUUCGGACGAGUGCAAGGUGUUUGUUUCAGGAUGUACACAGAAGAGGAAGCUAGGAAAUUAGGAGUGGUUGGCUGGGUUAAAAAUACCAGGCAAGGAACAGUGACAGGCCAAGUUCAGGGCCCAGAAGAUAAAGUAAAUGCAAUGAAAUCGUGGCUGAGUAAAGUUGGAAGCCCAAGUUCUCGCAUAGACAGAACAAAUUUUUCUAAUGAAAAGGAGAUUUCCAAGCUUGAUUUCUCAGGAUUUAGUACUAGAUACUAAUAGACAAAACAUCACUAAGUGCAAAACAGUGAUGUUUCUACUGCAUGAUAUCUUCUGUGCCUCCUUAAAAAUUCACCAGAGCAUUUGGAUUCUUUCUGUGCUUGAGAUAAAUUGUUCCUGUUCACAUGAAUUAAGAAUUCUUAGUUGCCAUAUUGUAUAAUCACAACAUGAUUGUCAAUGCUUAAUGUCUGAAAUGUCAAUAUCUAGUUCAUCACAUCUUGGAAGUUAGAUAGAUGGUUAAAUGUAUCAGCGAUUAUUUGUGUACAUGGAGAUUUAUUAUAUAUAAUGAUAUGAAAUCUAAUCUUUACCCUGUAAAUGAUUCAUAAGUAAUCAAUUCACGUUCUGCUGUUUGUAAUCUCACCAAAAAAAACCAUGGCUUACAGAACUGGAACUCUUAGAUCUAUUCUAAUACCUCUGUAUUAUAGAUUGUAUUACUUCUGGUAGUUAGAACAGUGAUUUAAAAUAAAUGUACAUUGCUUCAAGCUAAAA